AUGCAUCUCCCGCCCAUCCUCGGCGCUCUCGCCACCCUCUUGCUCACCGUCACAGCCCACACAACCACCGACACGACAACAGUCACGAUCCUCCUCCCCGCAAACCCCAAUCCCUUCACCCUCUCUUCCCGCACGCACGCUACCCUCUCCUCCCUCGGCGUGCACUACGAUGCUUCCGUCUCGACCCUCAACGCCUUCGUCUUCCGCAACGUCUCGGCUGGCUCUUACCUUCUCGACGUUCACUGUCCCACCGAGGCCUACCGCCCCUUGCGAAUCGACGUCACCGUCGCCGAUGGCGUUCAGGCCUGGCAGACAUUUAGAGGCAAUGAGUGGUCCAACAAGGGUGAGGCCGUCCCCGCCAAAGAAGGCGGCGGCUUUGAGGUCUCCCCCAUGGGGAGGAAGACUUAUUUUAUCGACCGGCCAGCUUUCUCCAUUUUCAGCAUCCUCAAGAACCCCAUGAUCCUGAUGGGUCUCGUAAGCAUGGUCAUAUUCAUCGGCAUGCCGUACCUCAUGGACUCUAUGGACCCCGAGAUGAAGGCCGAGUUCGAAGCUCAGCAGCGCAAGGGCCCCAUGGCUGCUCUCAUGGGCGGCGCCGCGAGCAGUGGUGGAGCGCCGGGCCAGAAUCCCCUGGGCGACUUCGACAUGGCCGCGUACUUGUCAGGCUCCAGCAAAAAGGACUCGGCGAGCCGCAAGGCAAGCGGUGGUUCGGGUGCGUCGAAGAAUCAGGCCGGCAGGAUAUGA